AGUACAGCUUAGUGUUUGAUACUCUCAUGAAUAGUCUGCUAGUUUAGGCGUUAUUAAUGGAAUCUGUUGAAUAAGAAUCGCCAGCACCUCUGUACCCACCCGUAAAACCCGGCCCACGUCGCUCUAACGCUCUAUCGACCCAGUCGGUCGGGGCAGCAGAGAAACGGAGCGGAACGAUACGGCGUUAUGGAUCUAGCUCCUUUGUGCAGGCGCAGCGGAUGGUUACUAAUGCAGGACUAGCGUGAACUAGUUCCCGAGUUAAAUGACAGCUUACUUCGAUACCCAAAGGUCGAACGUGGAUCUGUAUGACUUGGAUCUGAUGUCUGUGGCUUGUGGAUCUGUGAGACACGUACCUUCCUUGUGUGAAGGAGAAUCCCGUCGUGUCUGUUCAAAGUGAAACUCCACCUCAGGAAGUGCCUCGCUGUGGGGGACGACUAUUACAACUGAAAUAUACGUGAUUAUUAGAGCCUCGCUCUGGGAGUCAACUGAAGUACCAGAAAACACCUGAUCAUCGGCUGCUUCUAGUCAGCAUCAUGACAUCUCACUGAAGUUGGCGAGGGAUGAUGCAUGGGUCCAAAACUACCUUUACCUUUACUUCGUCAAUAUAUACCGUGCUAGUAUACACUAGCUGACUAGGAACAUAGCACAGUUGGUGAAGUUCGCCACCAACUGAUUUCAUAUCGGAAUCGUGUGAUCCUAACUACAAACAGGCAUACACUGUAAAUCACUUAUGACUGAACAGCCCUCUACGAUCAACACCCGCAAUCCACAAAUAGUCUAUUCGCCAAGGUCCAUCAGCACCCACCCGGCUUACAAGGACCCAAAACGACCAGUCAUGAUGUUCGUGAAUACUUUCCUGAAACACUUGAAGCAGGAGUACUGGGCCUAUAUCGCCCUCUUCGGCAUCAUGGCGCUCUACAGCGGCGUCAUGGUCGCAGUGUUCGGCUUCACCGACAUCGUGCACCCGUCUGGCGGGGAGAUCGAGUGGUUUGGCAUUUUCCUUAUUCUGGGGGGCAUUGCCCUCAUCCUCACUUCCGGUAUCCUCUACCACCGGAAGUCGCGGCGCCUCCGGCCCUGUAUCUGUUGUGGGAUGGACUUUGAUGACACUCCCGAGUUUCCGCCCAGGAACAAGAAGCGUCUACGGUUCGCACCAAACUUGAUAUCGCCCUAUUACGAGAUGGUGAAGCACGAGGAACGGAGGCAGACUUUGCCCGCAAUCAAAGCGCCUAUCGUCCGUUUUCAAAAUAGAACGUCCGACAUUGAAACGUCUGACAUUGAGGCCGCUGAGGAACAAAGGGGAGACAACUCUGAGGGCAGUAAUACUACUUUGAUAACGGACAUGCGAGGUGCUCAGGUCACCAGGUGUUAAAGGUAAUCAAAGACGGACAAACUGCAUACACGUCAUAAAGCCAAUAUAUACAUUGUUGCUUGAAUCGGAAUAACUGACGACUGUUGCAGCGUUUUUCAGAAGCGGAAUGUUGUUGUUACUUCAUUUCGAAUGUAUAGUGAUUAAGGAACAUUUGAAGGCUGCCCAUCUAAUGAGUUUAUUGAAAUUUUACUGAAAUUUUAGUGAUUCGUGACUGUUCGUCACUGAUUGCCAACGAGCCCGAUUCCUCGUGACGUGCAGAGUGACUAAAAUCUGACAGCUCAGUGACAGUCUCAGCAUCGCCAGUAACAACGUUCACGUGCCUUUGUACCACUGUGCCAGACUUUCUCCAGAGAGGACCUAGCGGCCUUGACCUACCACUAGGGGUGAUGGCGGCAUGAGGUGCCUGGUCCGAAUUUGUUCUGGCACAUGCGGCCUGAUACUUAAAGUUGUGCAAUAUUCUUUGUCAGUGUAUAUGUACUUUAAUAGUGCCUAACAACGUUUUGUAUAAUGAGAUAUCAUCAAAGCGUAUUCCUAACAAAUAUAUUUGAGUGUUUCAGAAUAUGUCAGACUCAUGCGAACUAUUUGCACUUCCUACAUAAUGAUGUCAGAUUCAUUGAUGAACGAAAAGCAUCGAGAGUACCACACAGCAUCGAACACUGCUCUGAGAUGCGGUUCUAGUGUCAGGUUUUACACAUGCAAUCGGCGCCACAUUUGAGAAUUAAUAUUUAUAAAUACUCCUGCGAGAUGCCUCCAUGUGAAAUUGAAAGUUAUCUGUAUGGACUUUAGACACAUGAGAUCCUAUAUGAAAUAUUCCGGAGUCGGCAACAAGGGAGACCUUGUUUUAUUGAGGAGUUAUAUUUUGCUAGUUUUGAAUUGUUUGAAUUUACGCCAAUGGGUUCGUGUGCAUUAUGUGCAGAAAUACUGAAUCACUGUUUGUUACUUGUUUUAUUACUGGGGUGUUCGAGUGCGGCGUGUCUGUGAUAACAGCCGCCGGACGAAUUCGCACCACACCUUUGCCCACUCACUGAGAUACUGCUACAGGAGCAGAUUGUCCCGUGCUUCACAAACUGUUACAUAUUCAACAAACAUUUGAAUAUUGAGUUAUGUGUAUAUUUGUUCCAGUUAUUGUUAUAUAUAUAUACAGUGUUGUUAUUAAUAUGCAUUCUUGAUUUUCAUGUUCAACUUUUAUACUUGAUAACUCUCUCAUAAAAUCAGAUGAGGUGUG